GGCCUAGGGCCGGGGACCCCGCGCCAGGAAGGGCGGCCGGGACAGGGGGACCCGGCCGCGUCCGGGCAACCCGGAUCCCGCGAGCUGGACACGCGCGCUGAGGCCCCUGCGCCGUCCCUGUCCCGGGCGGUCGCGGCAGCGGACCUGGGGCGGGGAGGCGAGGGGCGAGCGCGGACGUCUGGAAAGGGAGCGGCUCAGGCCGAGCUCUGAAAUUCGAAUCGGGCUGCUCGGGCCGGAUUUGCAGCAGCGCCGGAGAAGGGGACGUGGUAACCGAAGCCGGGGCCGUGACCGGGCUGGGCGCGCGGGGCGGGGGAGGGGACCGUUCCGGCUCAGCGUGACGAGUGUCGAGACACUCCUGGGGGAGAUUCUCGCUCUGCUGCCCGGUCGCCGUAACUGCGGCCACCUGACCUGUUCCGUUGGCCGAAGGAUUAGUUCAGAAAGUUGCAGAAAGUCGGGGGCAAAGCAGGACGCCUUCGCAGCAGGAAACUGACCUUCACCUCCUCGCGCUGCCCUGGGGAGGGAAGUCACUCAGGUCGAGGUCCGGCCGGAUUAACUAGCACUCCCUGCCCCCGCGAGCCCGGAGACCUAGACGCAGCCUGAACCUGAGCACACACGGCCCGGAGGAGAUGGAUUGGAGCACGCUGCAGACCAUUCUGGGGGGCGUCAACAAACACUCCACCAGUAUUGGGAAAAUCUGGCUCACCGUCCUCUUCAUUUUCCGCAUUAUGAUCCUUGUCGUAGCCGCGAAGGAAGUGUGGGGAGAUGAGCAAGCCGAUUUCGUCUGCAACACUCUACAGCCUGGGUGCAAAAAUGUGUGCUACGAUCACUAUUUCCCUAUCUCUCACAUCCGACUCUGGGCUCUCCAGCUGAUCUUCGUGUCCACGCCGGCUCUCCUGGUGGCCAUGCAUGUUGCAUACCGGAGACACGAGAAGAAAAGGAAGUUCAUUAAGGGGGAGAUAAAGAAUGAAUUUAAGGACAUUGAAGAGAUCAAAAGCCAGAAGGUCCGUAUCGAAGGGUCACUGUGGUGGACCUACACCAGCAGCAUCUUCUUCCGCGUCAUCUUUGAAGCAGUCUUCAUGUACGUCUUCUACAUCAUGUACGACGGGUUCUCCAUGCAGCGCUUGGUGAAGUGCAACGCGUGGCCUUGUCCCAACACAGUGGACUGCUUUGUUUCCAGGCCCACGGAGAAGACCGUCUUUACGGUUUUCAUGAUCGCGGUGUCUGGAAUUUGCAUCCUGCUAAAUGUCACCGAAUUGUGUUAUUUGCUAAUUAGAUAUUGUUCUGGAAAGUCCAAAAAACCAGUUUAACGCAUUACCCAGCCAGUGGAUAAAAGAGAGGGUGAAAAGGAGGAGGCACAGACAGGUGCUUUGCUGUCAAGGCACAGUCACCAGCAUUUCCCGAGAUACAGAUUCCUAUCUUAAACGCAACCAUUUGAAACUGCUCUGGAUGUCAGUGAAACUCCAGAUGCCUCCAACAGAGCUCUCCUCUCCUAAAGCUUGAAAACAAAGGCAUGAUUCUGUGCCUAUACUGAUUUUCACUAAAAUAGUUCCAGUGAGGCCCCGGGCCGCUAGGGCUUGUGGGUGUAGGCUGUCUCCUAUUUUAAACAAAGGACAUCAGCAUUUCUUUCUCUUUCUUGGAGGAAAGGAGAGAAACGCCAGGUUCUAAAGAGGAUGCUGAGAAGCUUUGCUUGAUCUCCUUAAGGGUCUCUUUGCCGUUUUCCCUGAAGUAAAGGUGAACAUAGAGAUUCUUGGUUCUUUUAUUCACUUGGGGAGUUUUAGUCUGUAACAGUGGACGGGGUUAUCUAACGCUUCAAACUCUGUUGUGCUUUUUUAAGUGAAAACUUUAAAAUGGGAUAGAUGUUCUUUUGAUCCGUAAGAUGUUCUGAAAACCAUGAUAUGUUCACCCUAUUUCAAAGGCUCAGAUUCUGAUAUGUAAACGGUGUGCAAUUAGAUACUGUCAUUGAGUUUAAAAUAGAGCCUUUCAGUUAUGAGUAAUUUGCAGCGCCCCUGCGAGGCUGGUGGCCGUGUUCAUUGUGGUACGUAGCCCGUAAAGGCAUUUCAGCCUCUCACACGUGAAACGAACUAGAAGUUCUUAGGGGUGGCUUGUAUGAGCAAAGAGCCUUAUUUCAAAUACUUAGGUGUAAUUUUGCAUGAGAAGUACACGCUGGAUGGACCACCAGCUGCUACUGACUACAGGCUGGGGCAAGCCACCCUCUCUACAGUGUUUGCCCUCUCCAUUACUGCGGUCAACAGUGGGAGCACUGAUUUAAAGAGGUUGCUUGGGAAUGCUUCAUUGCCACAGUACAAUUUAAUGGUGCAGAACAAAAUGGGGGGAGUGGUAGUUACUGUUUUUAAAGAAUAGAUGGAAACAAAAUUUUAAAGAAUUUAGAUGGACUCGAAAUUCUAAUGAUUAAAAAUGAGUUUCGUCUGCUUCAAAAGUUUGCUUCCCUCUUUAGCAUCCGGUUUUCUUAAGUGAAAAUAGAAUUGGUAGGCAUUUGUUUCUAAAUAGAAAUUAGAGUUUAGAUAAAUAUUUAGGUGUUCUAUGGGACAAACUGGACCCUAAUAUUAUCACUGUGCUUGACAUGGUUUCCAAAAAAUGGUACUCGACAUACUUUCAUGAGGGUAAACACUUUUCUGUCGCCAAGAAUAGCACUGUAAAAACAUUUUGUAAUAAUAAAUCAUAGCUUUAAUUACAUGCUUGUAACUAAAUAAUUUUGUAAUGUCUCAAAUGUCAUUUAAAACAUUAAAUAUAAUUAAUUCGUAAAAUAACUA